AUUGCGAUUGAGUGUGGCUGAGUCAGCGUGUGAGUGAAGGAUGAUCGCUGAGGGCCGGAUCCGAGAGGGGCGGAUCCGAGAGGAGAGGUGAGAUGGGUCCACGGGCGGUGCGAUGAGAGAUCUAUGUCUACACCUGCUUCAGGAAACCUCACCGACCACAGAAGGCCCAGAUCUGCAGCCACGGUGCUCUUGGGGGGAUCCGCGGGUGCGAGCUUGGAUAUGACGAGCAGCAACGAAUUCGAGCAGUGAGGUAUGGCGCAUCACACCACUCACCGACGAACGAAAUACAGCCGUACACAUUGAAUGCAUUUGUUGUAAUUCAUGUCUGUGGUGUGCAGCCAUUGGUGUUGGCGAUGAGUGAGUCGGCAUCGAAGCGACAGAGGCGGGCGGCAGACGGAGAGGAGGAUGACUCGGAGAACGGACACCAGGAGGCCGAGAUGGACACCGACAGCCAACAGCAGCACAGCAGCAGGAGGAGGAGGAGGAGGAGGAGGAGGUCACACACAGCAUAGAUCUGGAGGCCUUUGCACAGCGAUUCAGCCAAAUCGUAAGCUGAGAUGCACCAAACGAACCACUGGCAGACACACACAUCCUCAUUUUCUGCCCUCUCUCUGUGUCUGUGUGGUGUGUGUUGUCCGCUCAGCCCGUUGUCGUUGCCUAUGUCUUUUCGUUCGUGUCGCUUCAUUUGGUGGCGGCGCUGCCCCAGCGGCUGUGGCGCCACGUCGGCUGCCAGAUCACCCAGCUGGUCACGGACACCCACGACACGGCCGAGCGGCGCUUCUGGUGCGGCCUCUCAUUCAGUGACGCCUUCGAGUGGGGCCGGCGGCUCACACGGCUCAAGUCCAUUGUCGUCAAGUACCCACCAAGUCUCGUCGUUCGACAUCAUCACGGCUUUUCUUGUGACUACCACUCUCUGUCGCUGCUGAUCAGCAACAAGAUCGUCACGGCAUUGGUGGAGGGCCACAGUGAGGGCCGGAGAGCCGCAGCGGCCACAGCAACCGGGCGGCAGGCGCCAACCACCUUGGAGUCCAUCGACAUAAGUGAGGGCGGAUCGGACAUCAUCGUCGAGGAGGCCGAGGGCCGCGAUAUCCGAGCUGCGACGGAGCCGUCGGUGGCUCUUCCCCCGCCCCUCGACCCGCCCCCCACCCUCACAUCCCUCAGAUCCAUUAUCAUCCCGGGACAUGAGCUAUCCAUGACCGGCAUCAUCCCGGAAGAUGAGCUCUCCUGCCCCGGCCGCGGGCGGCACUGGCAGCUGCCGUCACUCGAGACAGUCCAGGUGCGAGAGAGUGCGUAUGACGGUGAGGUGUUGGGGGAGCUGGUGGCCACGUCGCGGCGCCUCAAGGAGCUGCACGUGGAAUGCCACCCUGACGUCAUGGCGGGCUCGCUGAGGCGCAUCCCUGUUGCAGCAGCUGCGGGCCAGCCGGGGCUGCUGUCGCGGCUCGAGGACAUCGGGACCCUCAGCGUGAGAACUGGCGCUGCGGAUCUGGAGGGCCUUCAGGUGUGCGGCGAACCACACAAUAAACUCGAUCAGAGAGGGAGGGCGAGAGCUUCCUUGUGAGUUGCGUGUGUCUGUGUGUAGGAGAUUCUCGUCGACCGUGGCUGCCGCUCCAUCAAGAAACUCAGCAUCAGGCUCGAGGACUACGACAUCGACAGCAGCAUCUUCGCUCCCCUCUCGGCCAUCGAGACCUUCGCCAGUGCCGUAUGUGUGAGCCCUGACAUCGUCGACACCAGUGUCUUCGGCACGAGUGACAAUGAGGACCCUGUCGACUGCUUCGACCUUGGCCUCCUCUGUGAGGUCCCCACCAACCCCGCCCCCUCAUUCUUCGUGCAGAGACACAUACAGCAGCUGGCCGCCGCAUCAGAGAGAGCCCUCUUCACCAUCCUUCCCGACCACCUCACCACCCCUCUCGACACACCCAGCCCCGCUGCCAUCGCCCUCGCCGAGUGCCUGACCUUCCCCAAGGCGACGGCCGUGACGGUGAGGGGCCAUGGCGGCUUUGCGGCCAACGCCGAGGAGGUCGACCCACUCGUGUUCGACAGCAUGCCCGACAGCGCAUUCCCCGCCGCAUCGUCGCUGUACGUCCACAGCGGCAAGGGGCUCGCAAUUGGCCGCAGGCUGGUGAGCAAGAUGCCGGUGGUCAAACGCAUUGACCUCCGGGUCCCGACAGAGGAGGAUGCAGUGGGGGUGCUGCAGGCGGUGGGUGCAGGCAAGUCGUUGGAGUGUUUCAACCCCGGGUGGGUUGAUGUAAGUGAGGGGGGGCUGACGUGGGUGGACAUGGCCGACCACCUGCCGACCAUCAAACGGCUGGAUGUCCGUGUGGAGGGUGAGCUGCAAACAACCGCCUCCAUUCAGAUGGCAGCUAAUUGUGUCCUGGAUGUGCCCGUCUGUCUGUCUGUCCGUCUGUCUGUCUGUGUCACUGCAGUGCCUCAUGAUCUGGGUGUUGGCGAUGCCGCUGGCGAGUUUGGCAUUGCGUGUGUCAAGUCGCUGCUCAAGAUCCGAGGCAUCAAGGAGCUCAAGUUCGCGCUGUGGCCGCAUCAUGGAGGUCAGAGCUUCAAGCGGCUGGUGGAUGAGCGGACGAAUGGCGACACCGUUGAGGGGCUGGAGGGGCGGUUCGACAUCGAGUGGGGCUGGCCAUAUUCCCGACAGCAACUCAUUCUCAAACCACUCGACACCUGACGAAAGACGACAGGUGAGGUUCAGCUAUCAUGUGUCGGCGCGCUUCUCCACUGCGGGUGAUGUGUGUUGGGCUGCAUUGUUGUCCGUCAGGUCGGCCGGCCCAUGUUAGCUGUAGAAUGGUGCAGAGAAAUAGAUGUUGGGAGGCUGAGUGCCACGAUGGCGGGAUGCUCUCAUGGGUGGCCGCUGUG